AUGAAAAGGCUGGAGAGGGGACUGCAUCCACAGCAGCUUGUUACAAGUGAUCUCCCGCAGCUAAGGAAAGACCUUAACCAAAGGCCGAAGAAGCUGGAGGAUUCUCACUCGGACCUCCAAGAGGCUAAAAGGGUUCUCCAUAAAAGAAUCUCGACAAUCAAGGCGGACCUCGAGAAGAAGGUCAAAGUGGAUGUCGAGGAACAGGUGAAGUCGGAGAUCUGGGAGGGAAUUUUGCGGCACCGCCGCCUGCCAGGCAAGGAGUGGUCAAAGGCCGAGAUCGAGAGGGGGAGGAUACUAAGCGCCGUAGCAGUUGAACUACAGAAUGUGAGACCUACCAAGUUGAGGAAUCUUAAGGUUGCCAAAAUGGGCUUGUAA